UCUAUCUCCACAAUCUAACAAUUUCACCUCUUACCAUUAGUCUUAAUUUGUUAGUAUCAUUACACUUCCUUUGUUACUACUUACUACCUUAAGGAAAACAUACAAAUGGCCUUCUCUGCAGGAAAAUCUUUUGGACUUUCCACAACUUUUGAUCCCUUGCAGCAAAAAUUCUUAAAUUCUAAGCCUUAUGUUACGUCAUUUUUCUCCAAGAAAAUUGCCCUGCCAAAGUAUGACAAGGCCAAUGAUAUUAUGUCCAAAAAGCCUCUGUAUAUUUCAGCAGUAAGUGGAUUUGGUUAUGUUGAUGAACCAAAAGAGUCAAAAUCUAAGGACCAGUUAGUCCAAUGCAAUGCCUAUGAAGCUAGCAGGCCACAAUCUAUACCAAUUAACAUUGAAUUUGAUCAAGAAACUCAGGUUGCUGCUGCUCAGAAACUCAAGAUUGGGCUUUACUUUGCAACAUGGUGGGCUCUGAAUGUGGUGUUCAACAUUUAUAACAAGAAAGUGUUGAAUGCAUUUCCAUUUCCAUGGCUUACUUCUACUCUUUCACUUGCUGCUGGCUCACUAAUGAUGUUGGUUUCUUGGGCUACCAGAAUUGCUGAAACUCCCAAGACAGACAUUGAUUUCUGGAAAGCAUUGUUUCCUGUUGCUGUGGCACAUACAAUUGGACAUGUUGCUGCAACAGUGAGCAUGUCAAAAGUUGCAGUUUCAUUCACACACAUAAUCAAGAGUGGAGAGCCUGCUUUCAGUGUUUUGGUUUCAAGUUUGCUUUUGGGUGAAACUUUCCCAUUGCCAGUUUACCUUUCACUUCUGCCAAUUAUUGGUGGUUGUGCACUUGCUGCUGUUACUGAGCUCAAUUUCAAUCUAAUUGGGUUUAUGGGGGCUAUGAUAUCAAACUUGGCAUUUGUAUUCAGAAACAUAUUCUCAAAGAAAGGGAUGAAGGGGAAGUCUGUUGGAGGGAUGAAUUACUAUGCUUGUCUUUCCAUGAUGUCCCUUUUGAUACUUACACCCUUUGCCAUUGCUGUGGAGGGUCCACAAGUAUGGGCACUUGGAUGGCAGAAUGCAGUAUCCCAAUUUGGUCCUAAUUUUGUAUGGUGGGUGGUGGCACAAAGUGUGUUCUAUCACUUGUACAAUCAAAUGUCCUACAUGUCCCUAAAUGAGAUCUCCCCACUGACAUUUAGCAUUGGUAACACUAUGAAGAGAAUUUCUGUCAUAGUUUCUUCCAUUAUCAUCUUCCAAAAUCCAAUUCAACCAGUCAAUGCCCUUGGUGCUGCCAUUGCAAUUUUUGGAACUUUCCUCUACUCACAGGCAAAGCAAUAAGAAGUUUGGCAAGUAAGAUGAAAUGGAGAAAGGGAGGAGAUUCUGACUUAAGUUAUUAGGAGUACAAAUAUGGGCAAUAGUGGGCUAACAUUUGUAUAAUUGAAGAUUGACAGGACAUUAUAAAAUAUUAGUCCAGUAACUAAAAGCAGUAUUGCUCCGUAUGCACCAAAUGAUAAGAAGUAAAUGUUCAUGUAUGAAUGACUUUGGCUUUUUGAGUGAUGGAGAAGUCGAAAAAAGAAAAAUAGAGAUGCCCCUUCAAAGCUGCAAAUCUCUAUCCAAGAUUUUGUAAUAUACUCAUAUGAUUGUGGAUUGAUAUAUAGCAAUGUUGUACUAUGAAGAGUUAAUUUGUAAUUAUAAAUUCAUCAUUUUCGGUCAUG